GCAUCGGCCAUUGAUUGGCAGACACAGGAUUCCUGUGCAUGCUGAGGGAGUUGUGUACAUGCUGUUUAUCAUAGAGAAUUCGUCAUUUGCUGCUAAUUUGUCCUCAUAUUGUGACUGUCUUUCCAGACACACAACUCCGCUUGUGUUUAAGCUGUCGUUGGGGCCUCAGUGGUGGUGCUGAGUGGUGAGGUGCUGCUGCUGCUGCUGCUUCUGCUGAUGCAUUGUGGGUAGUCGUGAACCAAGAUGACCUCGUCCACGCCUUGCUGUGUCAGUGGGGCUGUCCACACGGAUGUCGUCAUUGUCGGGAAUGGACCGUCUGCCAUCAGCUUGUCCUUUAUGCUCUCGGGGAACCGGCCUUACUUCAACGGUGCAACUCAUCCAAAUGACAUCCUCACCAAGAAGCUGCAGAAUACCAAGGACAUCUCCCUCGUAGAACAGGACCUGGAGUUUUUAUGUGAGGGUCUAGAGGGCCGAUCCCCCAACCCUGUGGCCUUACUCUUCGAUGCCCUGAGUCAUCCUGAAGCAGAUCUAGGGGCAGAUAACUCCACUGUUUUGGACUGGAAGCACGAAGAGCAGUAUGAAAUACCUCAUGUAGUACUAGGAAAGACUCGUGCAGGGGGAUCAUGGCAGCGAAUGGAUGGCAGCAUGCAAACGGUGAGUCAGAACAACUGGAUGGAAUUACCCACAGUUCCCUUCCGAGAGUGGCUGGCCAACCGCAAGUGUUCAUCUCUACAUAUGGGUAAUCACUCAGGGAGAGCCACGGUCGGAGACGUGAAAGAUUAUUACUCCGAGUUUGUGAAGGAAAAGCGUCUGCAACGCCAUUUCUAUGACUAUCAUACUGUGACGUCGGUCCAGAAGGUGUUCCAGGUUCGAACCUUUGCCGACAGCGAGAGUGGGGAGGUGGAACCAUGUUGUAAGAACGUCAAGAAGAAUCAUGGCUUCCUGUGGGAGGUUCGAGGCUACCGACUUAGUGCUGAAGAUGGUGAUUUUGAAAAUGGCAACACAAUAAGAGAGGAGUUUUGCUUCGUGUCUCAUUAUGUGAUACUGGCCACCGGGACUUACGACAUUCCAAACCGUCUUGGAAUUACUGGCGAGACCCUGCCCCACGUGGUUCACUCCCUACCGGACUUUGAGAAGAUCAUGAAGUCGGGGGAGCUGAUAGGAUCGUGUGAUCCUGUGUUGGUGAUUGGUGCCGGUCUGAGUGCAGCGGACACUAUUCUCAUGGCAACUGAGAACAAUAUUCCGGUAAUUCAUGUGUUCCGCCGCGGACCCAAUGACCCGUCUCUGAUCUUCAGGAAGCUGCCAUCGUCCAUGUAUCCUGAGUACCACCGCGUGCACUCCAUGAUGCGAGGGAAAACAGAAACCGAACUGUACAGGCCAUACUCCAAGCACAAAGUUGUGGAAAUUAAAUAUGACAAGAAAGUGCUGAUACAGUCCGAUCAAGGCGACACAAUUUCCUCGUUUGAAACCUCAAUGGUUGUUGUCAUGAUUGGGUCGAGGUCGGACUUGUCAUUUCUGCCAAAUGGUGGGCGUCAUUUGGGGGUGGUUCAGAACUGGCAAAUUGACAGUAAACACAACCCAAUUCAGAUCAACCCGUUCACAUACGAAUCUGUCUAUGAACCUGGACUUUUUGCCCUAGGACCUCUGGUCAGUGACAACUUUGUUCGUUUUGGCGUCGGCGGAGCUCUUGGCAUUGUCAACUACUUAAGAAAAUGGCGAAAAGCAGAAAGUGUGUAAUUAAGGAAUGAUUGUUACAUUUUUAGAGAAAGAACAGACUGGAUAAUGUUGUUGCAUUUUAUCACUUUUUUUCUAAUAUGCUAUGUUAGUACAUGAUUACUCGUUUGAGUUUGUACAUGAUUACUCGUUCGAGUUUGUACAUGAUUACUCGUUCGAGUUUGUACAUGAUUACUCGCUUGAGUUUGUUCAUGAUUACUUGUUCGAGUUUGUUCAUUAAUGUGUGUGAUGAAAAUGGCAUGGAUAAUUCAGGGCUUCUUCAAAAUGGUUACUGAAACACCCUUUUUAGGAAUCUCCUGCUGUUAUCAUGGUAAUGUGAAGACUUUUUAGUUUAUUGCAUUUAUAUCCAUUAUUCGAUGUAUUUUCAACAUCAAUGAUUUCUUCAUGUUUGUCAACUACAAAUCUGGUUAAAGGGACUUGAAGAAAGACUGUCUGAGUCAGUCGACGUCUUCUGAACAUUUUACAUUUUCAACUACUCCUGAACAUAUAUAUUGAUGGAUGAAGAUGAAUGAAAAAGGUGUAUUAUAAAUCAUUUAUAUUCUCUGCUUUAGAAUAAUUUGAAUACUUGCUUAUGGGUCACAGAAUACCCUGGUGCCUGAAUGACAGCUGCUAAGUAAUACAAAAUCAAUGACCUGGUUCAUUCACAAGUAGUUCAUGUCAUAUACAUUAACUUAUGUAUAUGCUCGAUAGGGAAAAUAUGACUAAUUGUCACAUGUGAAUUUAUAAAAAUGCAGAUAAGAUAUUCUGCCAGUGAACAAAUUGGCAUGAGUCACAGAACUAAUAAUUUGUAUUCAAUGAAAAUAUUUCCCCAAAAACUGCUGCCAUUGGCCAUACCAUCAUCAUCGAUAUUUUUUUAUAAUAUAAUUCUUAUGUUCCUGUUUGUACUCUGGAAUAUCACCAAUAUCAUUUGGUUCAUUCAGAUUGUCAGAGAAUAUUUGUUGAUGGAUGAUAUGUAGCAUGUCUUUCACACAUGUGAUUUUACCAUUUGUAAGAGAAUGCGAAUUUUCAACUUCUGUUGAAAUAAAUUUUUUAGGAUUCUAUAGACACCCCCUCCGACGUCUCACUGGUUGCACGGUGACAGAUGGCGCAGUCUGUUGUCGUUUACCUCUUUGUUGAAAACAGUUGGCAUGGUUACGUUUCAGUAACUACUGUUUGUGGUGAUGAAUCUGUUGAAAUAACAGUAUGUCGGAUAGGAAGUCAAUGUUCUGAGUACUUAAUGUCAUGUGAUACGUUGGGAAAGUUGAGUUAUAUCCCUAUUUGUGUGUCAGUGAUUAAAGCAUUUAAUUCAUUUAUUCAACUGAAUUGGUUUGUUUCAAUGUUCUUUCCUUGUAACCAGUGUAAAAUAAUGGAACCAACUGAAGGUCCUUAAUUAAACAUAAUAAAGAACAUCUGAUUUCAGAUUCAUAUUAGUGAAUAUUAGUAAGAUUGUUACCUUGUCAAGACAACAAAGUGUCUUAUCAUAGGGGCAUUAGUAAUAGAAAAGUGGGUUGAAAUUAUGGUCAUCAUCGGGUUUCGACGUUAGCUUUGAGAAGGUGCUAUAGGCAACUUCAUUGUUAAUUGUUAGCACCUUACAAUAGAAUUUGGUUGCAUCGAAGCUAGUCACUGAGUACAGAGCCUUAGAAGGAUUGAUCUGAUUUGAUUUGAAAUGAUGUAAAGAUUGAAAGCAAUGAGCAGAAUCAGAGUUUUUCAGGAACAUGUACUGUUCUUGUCUAGGUAGGAUAAACUGUUUUUGGACGACACCUUUAUCCUCACACACCUUUUGUAUCAUGUCUUCCGAAAGAUCAGAUGGUGACUGAAAAUCUCAGAGGAUGUGUUUCUGCAGUUGUCAUGCAUAUGUCAGUCUACUACAGCCUACUGACUGAUAACAUGGACAUCUGGAUGUCCUGGGACCCCAGUUGUAAAGGCCCUUAUAUCUUAAGGAGUGACGUCAGUGUGCACUCUGUAUGAAGCUCAGGCUUGUUUAUCUCCUGGCCAAUAGUGCAUGAUGUCAAGGCCUUGUUUGGGGACUGCUGUCACU